AUGCAAGUGUUUUUAAAUACAUUGGUUAUCUGUUGCCUAGGAUUUCUCGUCAUGAUAAGCAAAUCAAUCGCCGAUGCAGCAUACCAAUCUUUAUGGUACAAUAUGACCCCUAAGAACAAUAAAAAUAUAUUAUUCAUUAUUAUGAGAUCUCAGAAACAAUUGAGUCUCACAGCAGGAGGGAUGGCGAAUUUAUCAUUAGAAACCUUCGUGAGUAUAAUAAAAGCAUCGGCCUCAUAUAUAUCCGUCUUGAAUGCUAUGUAUUGA